AAUUUCCCUACGCCCCGUCUCCAAUCGAUGAUCGCAAAUCCAUGGUGCAGCCGAACAUCCCCACACCCAUCCCCACACCGGUGAUUGGGGGCAUAGUGGGAGGAGUCUCGCUGGUCCUGGUGGUGGCCGUGGUGCUCUUUGUGGUACUCCUGCGCCGGCGUCACACCUUCCAGGGUGACUACAGCGUGUACGGCAAUGGCUACAGCAAGGCUGGCAUCCCGCAGCAUCACCCCCCCAUGGCCCAAAACCUCCAGUACCCCGACGACUCGGACGACGAGAAGAAGCCGGGCCCGCUGGGCGGCAGCACCUACGAAGAUGAGGACGAGGAUGCAGGAGGUGAGCGCAAGCUGGGUGUCCCCAACAAAUACGAGGAGGAUGCUAAGCGGCCUUACUUCACAGUAGAUGAAGGGGAGGCGCAUCCCGAACCUUAUGACGAAAGGACACUCGGCUUCCAGUACGACCCCGAGCAGCUCGACAUAGCGGAGAACAUGGUCUCACAGAACGAUGGAUCUUUUAUUUCCAAAAAGGAGUGGUAUGUGUAGCUCGGCACCCCAUUGCUACACACACACACACACAC